CUUCUCUUAUCAUUUAAUGCUAUUGCUGUGAAGCUGAAAGCUCAUACCUUUAUUUGUUUUAUUCACUGUUUUCUAGAAAAAGUAAAGAGUUGCUUUCAUGGCAUUUGUUACUCUUUUUAGCCCUUCUUUUGCUGGGGUGAUUAGCAGACACAUCUUUUGCCCCUCGUUUUUAUGACCUGUAACGACCUCUCCCAGCUCUUUUGCAGGUUUUGAUUGAGAAUUCUCCAUGUAAUCUCACGUUUUUUUAUUUAAGAUAUAGUGAAAGCUUCCAUUUUUAAAUGACUGGUGGUUGUCUGCAGUUACUUGAGAACCAGAGGUUUUUGAGCUAUUUCAAGGUUCUGUUAUAACAGCGGUAAAACUCGGAUAAAUCCUUCCAACAUGUCCCUCCUACAUUGCCCCGUCAAGUUCAUGGAAAUGAACAAUUCUAUCUCUGGAAUCAAUAAAUUACAAGAACAAACAGAGAAAUCACUUGAAGAGAUCAGCUAUUGGACAUGGUCUGAGCUUUUGGUCGCUUUGAAGAGAUGGCAAGAUUUACUUACCGUUGAAAGCUCUUCAGGUGUAAUUCAGAGAUGCUUGGAUUCCCUUGCCGGGAGGCUGGCUUUGGCUACUGAAGCAAGUCCAUGUCCAUCCACUUCUUCCCAAGACAGCUCUGGGUUUCGGUUUUCUUGUGAUACUAAGAGCACUGAGAGUUUAAAGACCAGUUUAUCUCGAGCAACCUGGUGGUUUGAUGAUCUUCUGAUCUUGAGUCCUUUUUUGGUUGAAAUUGUGGUAAAAUCUAUGGUCGCACAAAAACUUGAUCAUGUUAUCAUUAGUAGGUUCCUUUUGUAUUACCACAAGUCAAAGUUCUGUGCUGCCACACCUCAUGAGAGGCGCAAAAUUAUAGAAACUGUCAUUGAAACGCUUUAUACCCUUGACGGGAACUCUGUUUCUUGCAAGAGUUUAUUUCAGAUUCUUCGAUUUUCCAUGACUAUGAACAUAAACAAAAGUACCAGGAACAAGUUGGAGAGUAUGAUUGGUUCACGGUUGGAUCAAUCAACAUUAGAUAAUCUGCUUGUUCCUUCUGCAUAUGGAACUAACUACUUAUAUGAUGUGAAUCUUGUUCUGAGGCUUUUGAAAGCGUUUUUUCGUGGGUUAUCUUCUCUCCCAUUGAAGAAAGUUGCUAGCUUGAUGGAUUUGUAUAUAGCAGAAGUAGCCCCAGAUCCUUGUUUAAAACCUUCGAAGUUCCAGGCACUCGCCAUGGCACUGCCAGAUUCUGCUAGGGACUCUCAUGAUGAGCUUUAUAGUGCUGUGGACAUGUAUCUACAGGUGCAUGCAGGAUUGUCAGAAGAAGAGAAGUUGAAGAUAUGUUGUGCAUUAAACUAUGAGAAGCUGUCAGCUGACGUUUGCAUACAUCUUGCUCAGAACAUGAACUUUCCAGCACAAACUGUUGUCCAAGUUCUCAUUUCUCAGCAAUACCAACUCAAAAGCUUACUUCAUGGUACCAACAAUUGCAGAGCAUACACUGAUCGGUUCUGUACUUCUACUGAAGUCAGAAGCAAGGGAAAGAAAGAUGAAGCCAAUGGACAAGUUGUGCUUUAUGACGGGAAACUUGAUGUUUCGUCUGAUUGUGGGAAAUUCAGAGCACAAUUGCAAGGAAUGCAGUGGAGGGUUAUGGAAUUGGAGAAAGCUUGUAGGAAAAUGCAAACUCAGAUGGCUAAGGUCAUAAAAUCUAGAGUAUCAAGACAUGGUCAUCCAAGAUCAUUGCCCAGGAUUUGUUCGUGACAGAAAUAUCAUGCAACAUUUGUAUUUAUUACGGAACUUGUCAUAUUUGUAUAGCUUGAGGAAUGGAUUUAUCAUAUGUCUAGGAUUUUUUAUUUCCUUUCUGCAGAGCUAAAGGUGACCAAAAGUCUAUAGAGUAGCUUCCUCUCAGAGAUUUAAGAUCUUGGUUGUAUAUAGAUACGGGGAAAGAGAGAACUGUGAGGUUCUACAUUAGUGUUAUAUGUUA